AUGGACGACGAGGACGAUAUCGAGAAAUCGCCAUGGGACUUUGCAUUACCCGAAGAGAAGAAUGGCGCAUUCGAUUUCGAUGUGGAGAGGAGAUUGACCGUUACGGAGAUUGAAAUGGGAAAGGCUAUGGAUAUGGGGAAUAGUUACUUCGAUGAUACCGCGUCGGAGGUCGAGGAGAGAGAAUCGGCAGUUCUCAUCUCAUGUUAG